AUGAACGACGAGACUGGCGUCCAGAUCGUGGGCGCCAGGUAUAAGGAUCAUCAAGAUCCUGGUUUGAUCAUUUUCGUCCCAGACCCGAAAUCACCACUGCUCGCCCUUCUCGAUUGCCACACAUCCGAACCUCGCGCGAUGGAUAUGACCUUCGGAGCCCUGUCCAUAGGCCAGCGCCGCAAGAAGCCGUCAUUGAUCUUACGGAGGAGCCCGAAACACCCCCCCCAACGUAUCCUGACUCGUGGCUCGGAAAGCCGAAGCUCAAACCCCGGGAGACUCCCGCGAUUCGGGAGGGAUAUCUUGGAGAACAUAGUUGAUCUUGAGGCGGAUGAAGAAGAGCCUACCAGCAAUCCCACUGGAGGGACAUCCAGCAGCCCGGAAGUCCAGUUCGUCGGUUCCACAACUCGCCGCCACCCCCUUCCAUCCCGGGGAUUAGACCCUUUCUCCGUGCAAAGGUCGAACCUCGCCCCACCAAAUCCCAGACGUCGUCCCGUGCACACCAGUAUGGACGACAGUAUGCUUUCAUCAAUCUUUUCCUCGGUUCCAAGUCUACUUGGACGAAGAAGUUUGGCCAGAUUCCCGCCUCCGGAUGUUGAGUCUCUAAUAUUUGGCUCGGAAUUACUCCCUGAAUCUCUCGAUGACCUAGGUCAACUCAACUAUGCCAUGUCUUCAUUCCCCAUGGGAAGUUCAACGCCGCAAGCACCCCCAAGUCGACGGAAUGAAUACAAGCCACCGAGCCCCGCGCCGGAAGGUUUUACGCGGACACUUGGCGAAGAGGACGUCGCUGUUUGCCCCAACUGCUACUGGGAAUUAGGUACCGGAGAAGGCAAGAAGCAAGAGAUUUGGGUUGCAAAACAGUGUGGACAUGUAUGUUGGCCUCUCAUCUUACAGACGAUUCUCAUGCUGACACUUCUUUUACAGGUCUAUUGUGGAGAAUGCACUGACAACCGAUCUUUAUCAAAAGCUAAAAAGGCACAAGGCUCUCCAAAGACAAAACCGUUCUCCAAGUGCCAGGUUCUCGACUGCGGCAAAUCUGUCAGCGCGCCGACUUCAAUGGUCCACAUUUACCUCUAA